AUGUUUUCUCGAGCUGUGCAGUUGUGGCAGGCAAUUCAAGGAAGAAAGGUUCCUGAGAAAAAGAAAGUGCCCGUCAGCAAAAUCUCCUUUUCAUCAGGCUUUACGAUCACUGUCCAUCUGCUCGCAGUAACGGUGGCGGUAACAAUCGCGGCUCUGAACUUUCAGGGCCUCUGGGUUGGCAGCGAGCUUACAGGGCAAAGAGGGAAAGAUGCCGAGAAGCUUCUGGCAUUACAGUUGGUAGCCAAGAUGCACGAGUUAUUGAUGUUGGCAUCCCUCAGCCAUAUAGUUUUUUCGAUCACAAUCGGACAGCUCGUUUUUGGGGAUGGACUACCUUUUGGAGCAGUUACUGCCGGACACCGGUUCCAGCAGAUAUCCUAUCUCUGGUCUGCUGAGUUUCUUGCGGCUUGUGUCACCACUUUCCCUAACAAGUUCCUUGUCCUUUCUGUCAUUGUUAUUUUCACUGGUCUCGGCGUGACCGUUGGGCCGGCUUCAGCCACUGCGGUGAGACCGACAUUGGGAGACUGGCCAGGAGGUGGAACGUCCUUCUGGCUUAACGCGACUGCUGAAGAUCUAUGGCCCUCAACCCUAUCGCCUUCCUUGGCAGGAAAUGAAACUUGCACAUCGCUGGAGACAUGCGGCAGCUCAACCACAUGGAACACCUUGGCCGACAACUUCUUCAAGUACUGGGGCCAUGAGACGCUUGAAGGCAUCCAUGGAAUGCCUGAAAGUGUGCAGAUCCCAGGACGCGCUUCCGUAAGGACGCUCAGUGCGCGCUUCCGCGGUCCCAUGACCCUUUAUCAGCCUGAAAUGACGGCUGCAACGAUCCAGCCAGCUGCCAUUGCUGAUGCGGUGAAUGAAAUCCGUCAAAUAUGGCUGCAAGCAAAUACAAGAUGCUAUUCUGGAAAUCGUAAAGGAUGGGAUUUUUGUUCUUAUAGAGAUGUCACUUUUUCGGUACCGGCGGAGCAGCCAGUUGUCUACGUCGUUUGCCAGAGUGGCAAUUCAACAAACGCGCCCCUGUUCUCAACGCUUACACCUGGAAGCACCAGAUCAGAUCUUGUCAGUCAUGCCGAAAAUACUUCUGAUAUUGGAUCUGCAUCUACAUCAUCCAUCAAAUGGGUUAACCUUACAGGCCCAGCAUUCACCAAGACCUCCGUCGGCGCAUUUGUCAAAGCGCCUUACGACAAAACGUCCAGCGGCGACGAGAUUUUCGCUUGCAGUAUUGACGCACAGUGGGCGAACGCCACCGUCCAAUCUUCGUUUCUUAACCUGCCUUACAUGGUCAAUGGCGAACCGACUGAGUUCUACUUGCGGGAGCAACCCCACAACAAGUACCAAGGCCGGCGCGUUAGCAUCAGUCCAGCCUGGGCUGAAUUGGCUAACCCGUCUCUCACCAUCCCUGCCCAGAAUGCUACCACUCCCUUCGACAAGCUUUUUGCCGCAGCGGACUCGUCAAACCCAACCCAGUACUCAGCGGAGAAGAUCGAGGCCGCACUCGCUGUACUCCUAGCAAUCCGCAUGGCCGAUAUCAGUAGCACGGCAACAAUCCAAGGUAACAUGAUCGAUAGGUAUCAAUUGCUGAGACCCAACGGGGGCCACAUCUUCACUCCUCCAGCGGCCUCGCCCUCCUAUCAUCGUUUCUCAUUCCAGACCACCGUGACCGGUUAUGCCUUUGGCCUCCGCACAGCCUCUGGAAUCGCAACCUCCACUCUCGCUUCCGUUCUCAUCCUCCUCGUGUACGCCAGCAUUGCCACAUCUUACAUCUUCUACACGAUCUUUUUCUCCAGAUGGCAUAUGAGCGCAUGGGAGAACAUGACCGAGCUGUUGGCGCUGGCACUGCGUAGCGAUGUGAGUGGGGUAGAGGCGUUGAGGAAUACGAGCACCGGCAUCGAGACGUUUGAGCCGCUCAAGGCACGCGUGGUGUUCAGAGCGAGGGGUGAGCAUGUUGAGAUGGUCUUUGAUAGGGAUGGGAAUGAGAUUUGGGAGACGAGGAAGGGGGAGAAGGUGGUGGUGGAUGCUGCGUAUAGCUGA